AUGAAGAGUAUAUCGAUUUGUUACGCCUUGGUAUUUGUACUGCUUAGUGUAUCAGUCGGUGCCAAUGCGGGUCCAUUGGAUUGGAUUUAUAACUUUUUUAGUUUUGGAAAAACAACUUUUGGAUUUGAUGGACGUUGUUACGUAGAAGAUGGUAUUGUUCACCAUACCUUCGAUGAUGCAAAAAUAACUGAUACUUCUAACGUUGGUUGCGAGUAUAUCUUCUUUCAAUAUGAAAAUAAAGUAACAGUGACUUUGCAACAAAAUUGCGAUGUAGAAGAUGCUGAAGUAAAUGGAUGUCCUUACCAUGUUCGAAUUUACUACGGCAAUCAGAUUUAUAAAUUGAAAGCUCAAAAUAAAAAAGCUAACAGACUUUUGACUUUAGAAUCAUCCGGUCGACAAUUAGAAUUGCCACAUAAAGUAGGGUCGAAAGUUCGAUUUGAAAAAAUUGAUACACACUUGGAAGUAUUUUUCGAAAACUUUAAAAUUUUCUGGAAUGGGCAUAAACUUGUUCAAAUCGAUGUGAAGGAAAAAUUAUUUGGAAAGGUCAGUGGUACUUGUGGUAACUACAACGAUAAAUCACUCGACGAUUAUUGGAAAGGUGGAAGUUUGGAUGCAUAUCGCUACAAUGAAGAUGAAAAGUGCGAAGCUGUCCGAUUUUCAAAAAAUCCAAAUUCUGAGCUUUCCAAAAUUGUAGAAGUAACGGAAGAAGAGAAAUUUUGCAGAGCCCUACUAUCAAAUCCAAAAUAUAGCGAGUGUAUGAAACCCGACAUCAAAGUUUUUGAAAAAGAGUGCGUGGAAAUUUAUCAGAAAUGUGACAAGAAAGACAAAAGAGCUUGUUCCUGCGAUGCUUACGGAGCUCUUAUUAAAAGCUGCUCUAAAAGAAUAGAUAUUUCGCACAUUGGUUGGCGCGAUUUCUACCUUUGUCCUAUGAGUUGCAGCGGCGGUCAAAUCUACUCCGAUUGUGCCGUUGCCAAUCCAACGUGCUCUCACCCAACAAGAGAAUCCCCUCUGUCCACCUGUGACGAAGGCUGCAUGUGCCCCGAAAACACCGUACUUCACGAAGGGAAAUGUGUUUCUGUCAACGAGUGUCCCUGUCUGCGUCACGGCAAAAAAUUCGCCUUGAACGAAGUCAUCAAGGACGACUGCAAUACUUGCACUUGUCAACCGAUUGGCCAGUGGAAGUGUACGAACGAAAAGUGUCCCGCCAAAUGCAGCGUCCUGGGCGAUCCUCACUACUUCACCUUCGAUGGGAAGAAGUACGAUUUCCAAGGGAAGUGCUCCUACUAUCUGGUCAAAGGAGACGAUUUCAAUGUAAUCGGUGUCAAUGGAAUUUGCGAUUACGGAGCUGUUUUCGGAGGCAGGGACGUUUUACCGGGAGAGCCCACCUGUACUCGAAGCGUAAAAAUUAAUUGGGCUUCGACGACAAUCGAGCUCAUGCGUGACCGUCGAGUGUUCGUCGAUGGCUCAGAAGUUACCGGUCAAUUACCUGUUACGGUAGCGGGCAAAGCAAUCGUUCGACACAUCAGUAGUUCUCGCGUCCUAGUAAGGCUACCCGUAGGACUCGAAGUAAUUUGGGACGGAGUCUAUGAUGUUAACAUCAAUGUCGCCGAAAAACUGCGUGGAAAAGUUGCUGGUAUGUGCGGAACGUUCACGUCGACCCAGAAGGAUGACUUCUGGACACCCGAUGGUUCCACCGAAGUCAGCGUCUUUGCAUUCGCCAACAAGUGGAAGGUUGACGAGAAUUGCAAGGAUGUGAGCGAAGAGCCGAAACACACUUGCGACGCCCACCCCGAAAAGAGAGCAGUCGCUGAAAAGUAUUGCUCGGUCAUGAAAAACACCACGUUCGAGAGCUGCAAAAAUGCCGUGAACCCCGAGCACUUUUAUCAGAUGUGCUUGUACGACAUGUGCGGCUGCGAAUCGUCCAAGCUCGACUCGUGCCUGUGCCCGACGAUCAGCGCUUACGCUCAGCAGUGCGCCGUGAAAGGCAUCGUCAUUCCGUGGCGCCAAAAGGUCGAGCAGUGCCGAGUCUCCUGCCCCAUGGACCAAGAGUACCAAGUCUGCGGCAGCAGCUGCACGAGAUCCUGCGGCGACGUCUCCCUCGACAGCGAGUGCGAGGAGCAGUGCGUCGAGGGCUGCAACUGCCCGCGCGGCCAGAGCCUCGACUCCAAGGGCAACUGCGUGCCCAUCGCCCAGUGCCCGUGUCUGCGCGACGGCAAGGAGUUCGCGCCCGGCGUCAGCGAGGUCAGAACCGUCGACGGCGUUCACCAGGUCUGCCAAUGCGCCGCCGGCAAAUGGGACUGCAAGCCGUUCAAGGACGACGACCCGAGCCAGCUGGACAGCUCUCAUUUCCCGAGCUGCGAGGCCGACAAACACCUGGAGAUGACGCCGUGCGAGCCGGCCAUCCGGCGCACCUGCCGCAACAUGCACGAGAACGUGGAGCAGAGCCCUGCUCGCUGCCAGGCAGGCUGCGUCUGCCAGAAGGGCUACGUGCUCGAGUCGCUGUUCGGCUCCGACGAGUAUCGCUGCAUCCCCGAGAAGGACUGCCCCUGCUACCACGGCGGGCGCAGUUACCGCGACGGCGAGACCUACCGGGAGAGCUGCAACACCUGCCAGUGCAACAAGGGCAAGUGGAGCUGCUCGCAGAACGUCUGCACCGGGGUCUGCUCGGUCUGGGGUGACUCCCACUACACGAGCUUCGACGGCCGAGAGUACGACUUCUCGGGCGCCUGCGAGUACGUCUACGCCAAGGGCCAGCUGUCCAGCUCGAUGACGUUCGAGGUGAAGGUGCGCAACGUCGCUUGCGGCACCACCGGCGUCACCUGCUCCAAGACCAUCACCCUGAGCAUCCGCAACGGCGACGUUCAAGAGAGCGUCGUGCUGGAGCGCGGCAAGGAGCUGACCGAGACCACCCUGAAGAAUCUGCGAAAGAUCGAGCACAGGCGCUUGGGACUCUUCUGGAGAUUGAGCGUCAAGAGUCUCGGCCUCGAGCUCGACUGGGACGAGGGCACUCGCAUGCACCUGCGACUGCUGCCCUACUGGAAGAACAAGGUCCAAGGGCUCUGCGGCAACUACGACGACGAUCAGACCAACGACUAUCAGACGCCCUCGGGCGGUCCGGCCGAAGCCAGGGUCGAGUUCUUCGUCGACUCGUGGCGCGUCGACUCGUACUGCCCGGCCCACUCGAUCGACGAGAACGAGAUCGACACCUGCUCGAAGCAUCCCGAGCGCAAGCCCUGGGCCACCAAGAAGUGCGGCGUCAUGCUCGGCGAGACCUUCGAGGCUUGUCACUCGGCCGUGGCGCCCGACGACUACGUGAAGAAGUGCAUCAACGACGCCUGCGCUUGCGACGACGGCGGCGAUUGCGAGUGUUUGUGCACGGCCAUUUCCGCCUACGCCGAGGAGUGCAACGCCCACGGCAUUCACAUUCAAUGGCGCAAGCAAAAGCUUUGCCCGCUCCAAUGUCCCGCCGGACAAACGUACCGUUCGUGCAUCUACUCGUGUCCGCUCGAGAGCUGCGAAAACACAAAGAUGUUCAAAGAUCUGAUCGACACCGAGUGCCAGAAUCAUUGCUUCGAGGGUUGCGAACCGGAGCCCUGCGGCAAGGGAUUGGUCUACACGAAUUCGUCCUACACCGAGUGUCAACCUCGCGACUCUUGCAAAAUUCCUUGCAUCGAGUUGAACGGACAAAAGUACUACGAAGGGGAGAGGGUGCCGAGAGGCGACUGCGAGAGCUGCGUUUGCGCUGCUGGCAAGCUUCAAUGCAUAGAGUUGGACACGCCAACUUGCAACAAGGAACCCAAGUGCUCCGACGCGAUGGACGCCGACACCAUCGAGUCGAUUAGAUUCUCAUCGGCGUUCCCGAUCGGUACCACCCCGAGCGUAAACAUCUCGACCGAAGGAGCUUGGCGACCCAUGAAGGACAACCAAGAGCAGUUCGUCGUCUAUACCUUCGCCAACGAGACGGUGGAGCUGACCGGUAUCGAAACCAAGGGUAUCGACGGCAUGUGGACCAGUGCCUACAAGGUCCUCUACAGCCUCGACGGCGAGCAGUGGCUGCCCGUGCGCGACUCGCGCGGCUACGGCAGGAUAUUCUACGCCAACGACGACGAUCUGCACGUCAAGAGAAACAUGUUCGGCACCGAGAUCGUCGCCAAACACUUGAAGAUCAUUCCGAUUCAAUGGCACUUGCACCUCGCCAUGAAGAUCCAGCUGCUCGGUUGCAACUAUCGCAAGUACGAAGUACCGUGCAAUCUUUGCUACGGCGUCGCGCCGGAACCCGGUGUCUGCCACUGCGAGGACGAUUCCAAAUACUGGGACGGCAAGAAGUGCGUCGAAAAAGCUGCGUGCCCUUGCAACAUACCCUCUGGCCAGAGCUCGUGCGACUCUUGCACUUGCGAACCGGGCGGUUUUGUCGAAUGCAAGCCAAAGGAAUGCCCCUACUGCUCUCUGGCUGGUCAACGACCGACGCUCAAUCCUGAAACAUGCGAAUGCGACUGCAACGACUGUCCCAAAGAUCACAAGAUCUGCCCAACUAAUGGCGAUUGUAUCCGCAAUGAUCAAUGGUGCGAUGGUAUCCAGGACUGCCCUGAUGACGAGGAUAUAACUUGCCCACCCCCUGAUCCUCCUAAAAAUAUACCACCCCCUGAGUUUAACGAGUGCCCCAAAAGUUGCCCGCCAGACUUUAGAUUAGUUACCGAAGAAGAAAAAAAAUCUGGAUCGUUAAAAUAUAUAGAACUUUGUAAUGGAAUGGUAUGCGUGCCUGAAAAAAUACGCUGCCUGGAUAAAUGCCCGGAAGGUUUUCAACUACUAUAUGACCAUUCUGCACAUAACCAAGAUACGAAAAUAAUUGUUUGCAACAAUCAUUGCGUACCGACUCCACCCCCGUACAAGACCUGUGAGAACAAAGGUGGCCAUAUCGUUACUUUCGAUAAAUUACGGUACUCACAAGAAGUGUGUCACCAUGUGCUCGUUAAAAACGCCGAUGAGAAAGCCGAAGAUUGGUUCAUUAUCGUAAACGAAAAAUGCGAUGAUGAGUACAAGUGUCAAAAAUCGUUACUUGUAAGAUUCGAAAAUCACCAAGCCCAACUGUUCGCCGACCAACACAUCAUACUCGAUGAUUUGCCAUUGAGCCUUGAUCAGAUCAAGGUCAUCGGAGAAGUGAUGCCGAAGGGAAAUGACAAAAUCAAGAUCACAUCUGUUGGAGGCACUUUGAGAAUCGAGUACCGUACUUUGAAAUUGUCGGCGUCCAUAGCGACCAACGGUGACAUCGUCAUCGAGGCUCCAGUAACGCUGCAUAACAAAGUCGUCGGCAUGUGUGGCAAUUUCGAUUUCCAAGCCAAAAACGAUCUUGACUUUAUUCAUGUUGAAGGAAGUCUGAAUCAGACGUUCGCCGACUUCUGGAAAAUAUCUAAUACCCCAGAAUGCACAGUCAAGGCUUGUCCAAGGGAACGAAAGAGAGAGGCGUGGAAAUCUUGCGUCGCCGUCAGGGAGGAGCCGUUCUCCAGUGUUUGCCCGAAAUCCGUAAACAGAGAGCACUACAUUUCCAGCUGCCUCGAGAGCAACUGCGAAUGUUUAGGCAAAAAAGAAGGAAAUAGAGAUGAGUGCCGUUGCGAGGCCCUCUCGUCUUUCGUCGACGAGUGCGUGUCUGCUGACAAAAAUAUUAACUUGGCUAGCUGGAGAACUACUCAUAAAUGUCCAGAGCCUUGUAAGCCACCCUUCGUCCACAAACCUUGUUUCAAAAAUAAAUGCGAGCAAAUCUGUCUCGGGCUUCGUCAAGAAAUACCUUGCUCUGUCUUGGACAGCGUUACGUGUCUAAGUGGUUGUUACUGUCCAGACGGUAUGGUCCGUGACAAGGACAGCUGCGUCAAAGUCACCGGAUGCAGAAAUUGCAACUGUCAGGCUAUCUCUUCGGGAAAGAUGAUCACUUUCGAUAAAGCCAGCGUACCCUUUGAGGGCAGUUGCAAGACUCAUUUGUUUUCCAGGCAUAGAGUCGAUGAAAACGAACAAAGUUCCUACGAGGUUUACGUUACAAACGGAGAAUGCAAAGAAGAUACUUGCAUCGAAGCUAUAACAGUCAAGUACGAUUCUCACCUGAUCCAUUUGAAAUACAAUAACUCAACUCAAAAGGUGAGCAGUAGCGUCGACUCGACAGAAAUCACCAAAUUACCUUACACAACGUCGUGGUUGAAGCUCACGGAAAUCCCGAGCGGCGGCGUCAACAUGCUCAUCACUACCAUUCAAUUGGAGAUCGCAAUGCCAAACCAGUACUACGGGCACAUGUUGAACGUACCAUGGGGGACGUUCGGCGGCGCGAUGGAGGGUCUGUGCGGCGAUUGCGACAAUAAUCGUGGAAACGACGAGGGCCAAAAGUGGCUGAUCGAGUCGCCGCCACCGUUCGUGAUGCGCGACACUUGCGUCCCGCCCACCACCGAUCGCACGUCAAAGUGCGACAAAGUACCGACCACCGAGCAAUUGUUCAAUUGCGACGCAUUGGUCAACGACAAGGCCUUCCAAGUUUGCCACGCGAUUCACUCGUACAAGCCGUAUCUCGAGGAGUGUCACAGAGCCCUCAUGUGCGGAACGUCCCACUGCAAGUCCAUCGCUGCUUACGCCGAGAAGUGUUCCCAGAGUGGUCUCUGCAUCGAUUGGCGUAGCGAAAAUAUGUGCCCCUUCAACUGCCAAGAUGGCAAAGAGUACAAGGCCUGUGAAUCUAGAUGCAGCAAAACCUGCGACGACCCCAACGGAUCAUCUUGCAAGGGGCCAAAGAUCUACAGCGAAGGUUGCUUCUGUCCACAGGGCCAAGUUCUUCACAACGGCAAGUGCGUGAGUAGGACUCAAUGCUCCAUCUGCGACAACGAUGGACACGUCGAAGGCGACGUCUGGACCGUGAACAAGUGCGAGACGUGCUCGUGCCACAACAAGACCGUUAAUUGCACGACCAAGACCUGCCCCAAGGCCCUGCCGAUUUGCAGAAUCAACGAGAAGCUCGUUCUGAGAUCGUCCGAGGACGACUGCUGUCCCGUGCACCAAUGUUUACCGGACGAGCCGAAACCCUGCGAGAAAAAGGACCGAGAAGUACCCAAUUGCGGUUACGGCCAAGAGUUGAAGGGCAUCAAAGAUACCGACGGUUGCACGAAAUUCAUUUGCGACUGCAUGCCGAAGGAUAAAUGCCCACCGGUGAGCAGACUGGAAAAGACGCCGCUGGAGGAAGGAUACGAAGCCAUUGUCAAUCACAGUGGUUGCUGCCCAAGGAUGGAAGCGGUUUGCAAACCAGAAAAUUGCAGACCAGCUCCAAUUUGCCCCAAGUACUACAAACGUGUGUCCGAGCGAAGAGCCGACAACGAGUGCUGUCCCAUCGCGCACUCGUGCGAGCCCCCCAAAGACUUGUGCCUGCUGACGAAGGACGACCAAGUACACAGUGCCAAGAAAAUCGGCGAGAGAUGGCAAGUGGACUCGUGCGAGUCGUGCGUCUGCGAGCUCGACCACGAGGGCGCGCCUCGUAUCGCCUGCUCGAAGCAGUCGUGCCUGACGGAGCUCAGCCAUCCGGACGCCGAGGAGUACGCGCUGCGGCCCGUGAGGCUCGAUCAGCAGUGCUGCCCGGACUUCGAGCGCGUCGCUUGCAAGCACAACGGCGCGACUUACGCGCCCGGCCAAGUCUGGUAUCCCAACGGGGAGGACAAGUGCACGAGCAUGGUGUGCGCCGAGGAGCCCGAGCACGGCCUCAUCAAGAGCCAGAUCGUCGAGCAGUGCCCCGACCAGUCCUCCUGCGAGUUGGGCUACGAGUACCGCCACGACGACGCCAGCCACGAGUGCUGCGGCAAGUGCGUCCAAACGGCCUGCGUGCACGACGGUCAGGUCGCGGUCGUCAACGAGACUUGGUUCUCGCACGACCACUGCAUAAAGAGUACUUGCCUGUCCAACGAUCAUUCGAUUCAAGUGCAAGUCACCGAGGAGAAGUGUAACGAAAUCGACGAGAACGAGAAACGCGAUUACGAACUAACAAUGACCCACGAAGCAGGAAAAUGUUGUCCAGUUUACGAGCGUGUGGCUUGCAAACACAAUGGCCAUCUUUACAAACCAGGCGAUGAAUGGAUUUCCUCCGAUGACAGCUGUGUCUCGUACAGAUGUGUCCCUGCCGAAGACGGCAAGCCCCUUUUUAUCUAUUCUAUCACGCAGACGUGUAUUAAAACUUGCCCCAAGGGUUCGGCAUUAUUCGAACCCAAACAUGGACAGUGUUGCGGCGAGUGCAAACAAGUCGCAUGCGUCCAAGGCGACGAACUUUAUGAGCCGGGUCAAUCUUGGAAGAGCGAUAACUGCACCAGUCAUGAAUGUGUACAAAAAGAUGACCAAUUGAUGGUGACUACAACAGUAACGGCGUGUCCCAAGUUGAAUUGUAAGCUCGAAGAUGCCAAAUACGAUGAUACAGGUUGCUGCAAGGUAUGUCCACCGCCUAAACCAGAAUCGAUCACAAAAGAGUGUGGCGUAGAAAAAUUAAACGCCCAAUUGACGAUGCACAUGAUCAAAGAAAAUGACGAGGUUCAUGGGCAGUGUAUGAAUAAAAAAUUCAUCGAGGGUCUGACCGAAUGCGGGGGUACUUGCUUCUCAAAGACUACUUUUAACCCCUUGACCGGUAAUCAAGACGAAUAUUGUAAAUGUUGCAAACCAGCUAAAUACAUCGAUAUCGAGGUUGAAAUGUCUUGCGAGGAUGGACAUGAUUAUAAAAAAUCCAUCUCAGUUCCAUCUUUAUGCAGCUGUGAAAUAUGUCCCCAGCAUAUUUAA